AUGUCUGGUCAUAAUGGGCAGUCCCAUGAAGGCGUGAGGGACCACCACAACCAGGACCAGCAUCAGCAGGAUAUAGGCCAGCUCCUCCAGCAGAUAAUGGUCAUCACAGAGGACAGCUUAGACGAGGCUCAAGCCAGGAAACAUGCAUUAAACUGCCAUAAACUGAAACCUGCCUUGUUCAGCGUCCUCUGUGAAAUCAAAGAGAAGUCAGCCCUGAGCGUCCGCAGUGUGCCAGAGGAAGAGCCCCCGGACCCCCAGGAGCUGAGGUUGGACAACAUGCUGUUAGCAGAGGGAGUGUCUGGUCCAGAGAAGAGCGCAGCGGCUGCAGCGGCAGCUCUAGCCGCGGCCACCGGGGGGUCGUCCAGCGAUGACAGUUGUGAAUACGCAGACUACAGGGAGAAGCUGGCCCAGAUACGGAUGAUUUACCACACUGAGCUGGACAAAUAUGAACAGGCUUGUAGCGAGUUCACAGGGCAUGUGAUGAACUUGUUGAGGGAGCAGUCCCGGACGCGCCCGAUCUCCCCCAAAGAAAUUGAAUCCAUGGUGUCGAUUAUCCAACGCAAGUUCAGUGCCAUUCAGAUGCAGCUCAAACAAAGCACCUGUGAGGCGGUGAUGAUCCUGCGCUCCAGAUUUCUAGACGCACGGAGGAAGCGCCGUAACUUCAGUAAACAGGCUACCGAAUUGUUGAAUGAAUAUUUUUACUCCCACCUCGAAAACCCGUAUCCCACCGAAGAAACCAAAGAGGAGCUGGCGAAGAAGUGCUCCAUCACAGCUGCACAGGUGUCCAACUGGUUUGGAAACAAGAGGAUUCGAUACAAGAAAAACAUUGCCAAAUAUCAAGAGGAAGCAAAUAUGUAUGCCAUGAGAACCGCUCUGGACGCCUCACAGUCCAGCUCUCCGGCCACUUCAAACACAGGAGGGUAUCCAGACUCGUGUUACACUCCUGAUGGAAUGCUUUAA